AUGUUUGUGCUGUUGUACGUGACCAGCUUUGCUUUCUAUACAAGCGGACAGUCUCUUCACAGCCAGGUUAAAGGAGAAAAUUAUUCUUCAAGAUACAUUUGUAGCAUACCGGGAUUGCCAGGUCCUGCAGGUCCCAUUGGAGUUAGUGGAACACCUGGACCUCAUGGCCGUAUUGGGAUCCCAGGACGGGAUGGGAGAGACGGCAGGAAAGGAGAAAAGGGUGAGAAGGGAAAUACAGGUUUCAGAGGAAAGACAGGUCCAGUAGGAAAACCUGGAGAGAAAGGAGAUCAAGGGGAGUCUGGUAAAAAAGGACCUCCAGGAUUGGGGGGUGCUAAAGGUGAUGUGGGUUCUUUGGGUCCAGCAGGCCCAAAAGGAGAUAGAGGAGAACGAGGAGAGCCUGGUGUGCCAGGAGUGUGUAAGUGUGGGAAAAUAGUCCUGAAAUCUGCCUUUUCUGUUGGGAUCACCACAAGUUACCCAGAGGAACAAUUACCGAUCAUCUUCAAUAAAGUCCUCUUCAACGAAGGGGGCCAUUACAACCCUUCGAACGGGAAGUUCGUAUGUGCCAUCCCAGGGAUCUAUUACUUCUCUUAUGACAUCACUUUGGCCAAUAAACAUCUUGCAAUUGGUUUGGUUCAUAAUGGAAAGUUCCGGAUAAAGACGUUUGAUGCGAACACAGGAAACCACGACGUAGCUUCUGGGUCAACAGUGAUGUACCUUGAGCCAGAGGAUGAGGUAUGGCUUGAGAUUUUCUACACUGAUCAAAAUGGCCUGUUUGCUGAUCCCACAUGGGCAGAUAGUUUGUUUUCAGGAUUCCUCUUGUACGUCGACACGGACUAUCACGAUGCCCUUUCAGAUGAUGAUGAACUGUGA